AUGGAUACCACAGCAUUGAGAGCAGACCCCAUGGCCAACAUGUCAGAGACAAGUUUUGAUAUUUCACAGGAAAACUGUGAAGCUGGAGCCAGAGACCAAGGACAAGGUGUCCUGAUAUCUGAGAGCAUGUUUGUAGAAGAUAGCUUAGAAAAUAGCUUUGCUUCAACUGAUGACGUCCCAGCACAAACAAAUGACAGCUCCCAUUACGUCACAUGGACAGUUUACAUUGCUGUAGCUAUUCCAAAAGCGGAUGAAACUGAUGCACCCAAAGCUUCUAAUAAGGCACGCAGAAAUGACAAAAGUUCAUCCCAAGUUAUGGUGAAAACUCAUAAAUCUCAGAGCUGUUAUCACUUUGAAUUCACAUUGCUGCCAGAUGAUGCAGAAAAAGUCAAAGUGGACCUGAUAGAUUUUGGACCAGUAGCAAAAAUAUACAGAGAAAAUGAGACGAAGAUUCUGAGGACGUGGUAUGAAGGAAAGAAGACGUGGGUUGGAUGGGCCCAAGAUUUUAAUGUCAGGGUCAACGAGGCCACAGUGAUCAAUUUACUUUCUCAGAAAAUCAAGCUUAACAUAUGGAACGGCAACGAGGAACUUUCCAACCAAGCCCGCUACGAAAGACUAAAAGCAAUCCGUCUGCCUCAGGAUGAGUCUGAAUAUGCAGCAGACGUCUAUGGUGGUGUCAAGGCUAUGGUGAAAAGGAUGAGAAAUGUUUGUGAGGGGAGGUCAACAACAACAAAACAUAAAGGGGAUUUAUUCUUCGGUUGCAGUUCAGAGAGGAGCCCAGAAUCAGAUUCCAAUGACUUGGUUAACUCUCAACUUUUGAAAACAGAGUCGUGUGUCCCUGAAGACAUAAAAAAGAUCAGCUCUGCAUUAGUGGAGAUCAGUCCUGUUAAUUUGGUAGCCGGUGAGAUUUCGUUGACUGAGUGCUUCCCACUUUGUUCUGCUGGUGUAUUGGAUAUCAUGUGCCACAUCUCUCUGGAUAGACCAUUACUGUCAGAGCAACUGAGAUCUGAACUAAAUCCUCUGGUCAUUACAAUCUUGUCAGCAACAUCAAUGCCAUCAACACCAGUUCCUUUCCACAUACUUCAGGAGACGUGCAUGCCUGUGUAUUGCCAGUAUAAGUUCCAUCAUUUGAAAGUCCACAGGACAAACCCUCACAAGCAUAGUUCAAAUAUCUACUUUAGAGAUGUGAAUGUGAUUCUGACUGGUUUGAUGAGCCCUAAAGAGCUCCACGAGCUCUUUUGUGGUCCACCCCUGGAGAUAGAGGUCCAUGACCGUGACUUAAAGCCGGGAGAUUCACUGAAUUCUCCUGCGACAUUUGAUUCUGGACCUGAUAGUGAUACCGACUGUAGUGGGGAGCUAUCAGAGCAAAAGACUUCCCACGCUCACACCUAUGGCAUUGCCAGCUUAAAUCUCUCAGAGCUGCUUUUUGGGAGAAGAUGUUUUAAAGCGCUCUUACCAAUCAAGUGCUCCCCUUCCCCUGUGCCUAUGGACUGGGAACAAAACAGGCCAAAGAACAAGAACGUAGACACAGCAGUAUCCAGAGACCACAUACGUCAGGGCUACUAUUAUGAUGCAAAUUCUCAACUCAAAGUCACAGUGGAGAUAGCCUGCCCCGUCGUCUUAAAGAACGGCAAUGGGAUGGACUUUUGUAGUACUCCAUUUGGGCGCAUUGUCUACUUAUUUGGAUACAGCAACUCUGCAGUGAUGAAGAAGCUGAGGGCUGAGAUUCUCAAUAUCAACGCAGCAGCUUUUCAUCUGGGCCAAGAAUCACUGGAAUGUAUAGAAACAGCCCUUUCAAAUUAUGUCAUUAAUUUUAAGCAUGAUGAGAGCAAGGAUCUGGAUUUUGUGACAGGAUUCCAUGUGCUAGAUAAGAAGACUCACAUCGUUGUUCUUGAGGGGCUGAAAGACAAAGCAGUGAAGAGACUUUGGAAAACCGUUCCAAUGAAGCUAAGUGAGAAUGAGGAUGAGCAGGUGAUAGUCCUCUACAAUUCAAAGCUGAGUUUCUUCAAACGCAUCUAUGACUCACUCCAUGUUGGCCUGAGUCCAAUCUGUCUGUGUAAAUCACUGGAGACCAUCAUGAGGAACCCUCUGAUCUACGUUAGAGGAAUGGUCCCCCAGCCAUGCUUCCAAGCGUUGUCAAGGUUAAGCCAUCUGUGUCAGGCAAGGCAGCUGGAAGAGGCGGUACAGCGAAACCUGUUCCCCUCAGCGGAUAUGAUCCUCAGCCUGAGCAGGGAAUACGGCACGUAUGCUGAGAUGUGUGAGCUUACAGACAAUACAGACACCAAGCAAGACAACCACAGACUUUCUGUCAAGAUGAAAAGACAGGCGCUGCUUAACACCCAUAACAAAGAGUACCUCAGAUGGAAACACAGCCAACACACGCCGCUUCAACAGGAUUUUGUUCAGGAAAAUAUUAAAUACGUUCAAGAAGAAAGCAAGCGACUGCAAAAAAGGGAAGCAGCAACAUUAACGGUGGAACAGUCAGGAAGCACAGUAGCACACAACUACAGUAUCCAGACUUUCAACUCAAACACCAGAGCCAUGGAGCUGCUCCUCCAGGAGAUGGCUCAGAUGCCCGGGCGGAGGUUCACCUACAGUCAGCAGUAUCACAGUGCCACAGUGGAGCUGGCAGGUUUCAGCUCUAAAACUCACUCCACGUCUACUGCUCCUUCCACAGCCUGGGUCACUCAUUUAAGAGACUCUAAAGGUCAUGCUAAACGUCUACAUGAGACCCGUGUGGAAGAGCUGAAGAAGCCAUGGAGAGAGAAUGUUUUACAUGCCAACACAUUGGAACCCACCCUUUCAAGGGACACAUGGCCCUGGAACCAGCGGUCUGAGGACUUUCAGCUCUACAGAAAGCCUCCCCCAUUCUUCAGCACAACUCCCAUCACUAUUCACCUGGCAGGUGAAACUCUGCAGCAGGAGCAGCUUCAGGCCGCCAGAGCUCAGUACAGCCGCUGGCUGAGCAAGCUGCUUCCCGUCAGCAGCCUACCAGACGUCAGCCCCGUCCCCCAGUUCAAGUGCCACAUGAGAGGAAAGUCAGACAGGACUCAGGGUUUACUGAAAGAUGAGCCAAAGAAGUACUCGCUACGGAAACCAGGCCUGAUGCUGAAGCCUUUUCCUCAGCUCUCUGUGAUGAACUUGGAGGAUAAAAAAGCAGAGGAAGAGGAGAGAGCAGCUGUGGCUGCACCCCCCCGCACUAGUGGCAGACUCAACAGCACCAGCUCUGUCCCCGGACCCCUGUCCAGCAAACACCACCGCCUUGACUUUAGUAAGCCGGAGUAG